AUGUCGAGGAAUAUCUCAACCGGCUCGAUGAAGUCAAGACCAUCUGCCCUUUCCACGAAAUCCUUUACUCGUUACGAGCCUCCUGCUACCUCCUCUUCCGCAAAUAGGAGUAGAGCCAGCACCAUCCAGUCCGUCACCACUCUGAAAUCCCCCAAGAAGCAGGACUUGUCACCGGAAGACAUCUUUGAAAAGCCGAUAAAUGAGGAGGAUGAGCCCGCAUCUUCGGACCUGGGACGGGUCAGCAGCCUCCCAGAUCGGUUUGAUGAACUGCCUAUAGAACUGGCAAGCCUGACCGACAGGUUCAUUGAGUCCCUUGGUGCGAAAAUUUAUAACGAACCACCAACGGUCGACCAGUUGUCGGAACUAUUCCAGGAAUUCUACGCUCGGGCAUCUGGGGCAAUCGCUAUUCACAUUUCUGCCCUCAAGUCCCGCCUCCAUCGAGACCAAUCGCCGACCCCCUCCAAACCUACCUCGCGCUCCAGACCUCUGCAGAACAAGCCCUCAAAUGAUUCCCUGGCUCCGUUGGAUCAAAGAGGAGGCUCUCAACAGAUGCUGACGGCUUCCGAGGUCGCUGAUAGACGCAAACAGAGAAAACUGCUGGAAUACAAGAGGAUUGUCCUAGAAGAGGCCGUGGAGAAGAGAGUAUGCGAAAAGGUCUAUGACAAAAUAUGGAGACACAAAAGCACCCUGGACGAGGUCCGAGACGAGAAGCUGAGAUCGAAAACGGCAGCCCUGGCAUUGGUAGGAAUAGGCUUGAAAGACCUGGGCAUUGAUUGGAGUGAAGACACUGAAAAGUCGGUCGAAGAUGUGCAAGCCUCACUGGCUCCUGCACGAGAGAGCCUGGCUAAGAUGAAUGAAGAACGCUAUCCACUAGGGAAAUUACAGCACCUCACCACCGCCCAUAAAGCCGUUGUUGAUACUCUGUACUCAAUACACCCUUCCUCGUCCUCUGCCGACGAGAUCCUGCCGACUCUGAUUUACGCCUUGAUCACAUCCCCAGUUGAAGGCAUCAACAUUAUUAGCAACCUUUAUUUCAUCCAGCGGUUCAGAGCGGCACCAAAGAUCGAUGGCGAGGCCGCCUAUUGCCUUACGAAUCUGGAAGCCGCGAUUACCUUCCUGGAGGAUGUCGACCUGGCGAGUUUGAGGGCCGAUGAAAUGCCAGAAGGCCCUAGGAAGGUCCCCUCCCAGUCGGACGGAGAGGUGGUCUCAGACAAGCUUGAGGCCUUUCCCUUGUUGCCGGAAUCGGUCCCUGUGUCAAUGUCUCCUACAACGGCCACUUCACAGGCCAACGCUACGGGCACGUCCAUCCAGUUAAGUCAGACUUCUUCGAUCGCGAAAUCAUUUCCAGAAAAGCCCUCGCCCAUUCCAGCCACCCGACAUCAACGCACAUUUUCGGACCUUCUGCAGCCCAUAACCAACGCGAAUGAGGCCGUUCGCUCUACAGCGGAAGAAGGGUUCAAAAACAUCUCCAACAGUCUGGACAACAGCUUUAAAUUUCUCCUUGGGAAGUUGAAGGAAAGAGGCACUGAAGGCCCCAAUACUGAAAUUAUCCUUCCUAAAACGCUGGACGAAGCAAGGCAGCUUGUUAGUCGACCUUUGACUCCGGACGAAGACGACCAUGCUCUCAGCGAGUCAAGCUCUAUGCACGACGGACAGUCCAGCCCUAUGCCUUCUAAUCUGACGAAGACCGAAGAGAAACUGCUCGGUCUCUUAGGAGGUCGAAAAGCAGCUGUCCGGGAGCGAAGUGUGGACAGCAUUCAAAGCAAUGGAAGCAGCACUGGGAAAAGAAUAGGAUUCCUUCCAGGAAACACGAACUCGCCUCCAAAUGGUCCUGCUACAACACCAGCAAACCCGCCUCCGCAAAAACCCACACCACCAGCAACACAACCCACGGCCACCAAUCCGCUGGAGACGGUAAAGAACUUUGGCAACAGUCUCAAUCCAAUGAGUCACAUAGGCUCUGCAUUCGGUGGUGCAUUUGGACGGUUUGGUGGCAGGGCCCCUGCUGCAUCAGCCUCUCCGCCGGCCGCACAGACUCCCCCUACGCCAACAAUAGUUGUGGCCCAGGAGAACAAAGAAGUUUUACCCGAGGAGAAACCCAAGCAAAUACACGAGGCCCUCUUACGAUCACCGGAUCAUAGUGAAUUGGUGGCUAUCAAGGCCACGCCGCCCAUAACAAAGUUCAUGAAGGUAGCCGAUGCGAAAGAGUUAAGGCUGGGCGAGGUGCAAGAGUUGCUUGCUGAUUACCAGCGGCUUGCGAAGGUGCUGGGAAAGCUGGUAGUGAAGGCUCAAGACGAUGCUGAAACGGAAGCUGGCGAGGCAAGCGACACCGCUGAGGCUACUCCGAUACCAACUGCAAGCGAGAAAAGUAAGACUUGA